AUGGUGCCACACUCGUCUGAAGACAAAUGGAUGACCAACCCUCCGUACGGGCGUGGACCAGAGAACGAACCCUUUGGUGAAGUGCAAUGGCGAGCACGCUGUCAAUGCCAGCGGAUUGAAUAUGAAAUAUGUCGGCGGGAACCGUUGGACUCCAAGUUUUGCCACUGUAAUGGCUGCCAGACAUUACACGGAGCACCGUUUCAAUGGGCGGCCAUCUUUCACAAGGACGAUGUCCAGUUUGUGCGCGGCCACGAAUCGCUGUACUUUUAUAAUAGCUCUACCAAGGAGCCGGUCCACAGCCUCCCAUGCAAGAUCUCUUGUUCGAACUGUCACUCCUUGAUCAUGGAUGAAGGGAGACAUGUUCUUCUUGUUUACCCGGAGCUGAUCAAGCAUGACACUGGGCCAGAGCGUCAGACAUUAAAAGACAUUUUCUAUCCCAAGUCGCAUAUGUUCUACUCGCAGCGAGUAGUUGAUAUUCCAGAUGGCAGGCCAAAGUGGACGGGAAUCAAUGGCUCAAGUGAAUUGAUGGAAGGAGAGCCGUAG